UUUCUUUGUACAAUUUGACAAGUUUUAAUGCCACUUACUUGGGAAAGUUUCGGUUGCGGGUAUGAACAUUUUGGUCUGUUUGAUAGAGACAAAGGAUAAAAUAAACGCACUAGUGUAGUUUGGAAACAUCGCAUGAUAUUUCUUGAACCAAGGUAGGCGUAAUUCCAAAAGACACGCAGUCACAGUAGCAUUCUUGUAUCACCUCAUUGACCUCAACUGACCCCAAUUAAACCAACCAAUUAGAACCGACUAUUUUAGCGCGAAAUAUAGGCGUGAAGGCGGGCGGCAUUCAAAAAACCCAAGUUCUCUGGCAGGCGGUAUUUCUCAUGAUUAGCGGCUUCGCGGGCAAAAGACGUCCUCGCGUGCCACGUCCCCACGUCCCAGCCUCCCCGCGUCCCCACGUUCCCGAGUCCCCAAGUCCCCGAGUCCUCACGUCCCCUGCGUCCCCACGUCCCCUGCGUCCCAAGUCCCAAGUCCCACGUCCCAGUCCCCAAGUCCCCAUCCUACCUUUAGGAAGCACCUCAUGGAAGGAAGGAACCUAAAGAUGGCGGUACAAUAUGUCCCCAUACAUCACGUACCUACUGACAUGGGGCUGUCGUAACAACCGCUGACAGUUCACGUCAGCGGAACCGGAGAAGCAAAAUGGCAGAUCCUAAAGGAGGGAAGAGAAAAAGAGAGAUAGGAGACGAAUUUGUCCAUAUUCGAGCCAAAGGACAGUUUUUGAAGGUACCGAUAACGCUUGAACAUGACAACAAGCAAGAUGUAACAAUUAGAGGAAAGAAGACAAGAAUAAAACCAAGCAGAAAAGAUGAAAGACGGAAAGCCAGAGCCGAGAAGAAGGCAAGAAAAGUUGCUUUCUUCAGUAGAAAGAAAGAGCAGGUUUCAAAAGUGUUAUUCACCGCCACAAACAAAAGGCAGCAGGAGUCAACCAAUGAUUCAAGAAGGAAACAUCCAGAUGACAAACUUGCUAUAGUAGAAACAAAGAGAAGUAAACAGAAAAGAGCUAAGGAAGGUCUUAAAUCACAGAAAAUCACGAAACAGAAACUUUUGGCAGACAACAGCAAAGAAGAAAAGGAGAUUAAGAAGCUGGAGAAGCUUUUAAAACUGGGUCGUAAAGGAAAAGUUCUUAACAGCAGAUUCAAGAUGGAGGGUCUUGAUUACUUGUUAGAGGUUUGCGAACCUCAGAUGAUAGAAAACAGUAAAAGUGACCAUGGUGAUGACAGCAUGUCAGAGAUUGAAUCAAGACCAGAACCUAAGAAGAAGGCUGUGCGAAGCAAAACGGAGGAGCACGAUAUGGAGUUUGAUGGAAAUGAUGAACAAAGCAUAAGUGAAAAUGAACAGGAAGAACAUGAUGUUAGUUAUAAUGAUAACAAUGAUGUUGAUGAUGAUGAUAUUUCCAGUAACAAUGACAAUGAUAAAAAAGAGGGAUAUUUGAAUAGUGAGGAUGAAACUACCACUAGUAUUGGAUUUCGUGAGGAGAGCAGUAACAAGUAUGAGCAUGAUAAUAAGGAUAAAGGUGAUCACAAGCAAGUGGAAGGGAACAUUCAUGCUGGAAAUAUGGAAAAAUAUAUUCCACCUCAUUUGAGAAACCAAACAUCAUCUGAAAGUCACCCUGAACACAUAAACAGAGUAACAUGUCAGAUAAAAGGUCUCCUAAACAGGCUUAGUGAAAGAAAUAUGGCAGUCAUCAGCAAUGAAAUAGAAAACAUUUUCAUCCACAAUAGCAGAAAUGAUAUGAACAAGAUACUAAGCAAUCUUAUUCUGGGGUCAUGUGUAUCUACAUCACUGAUGCCUGAAAAACUUCUGAUGGAACAUGUCAUGUUAUUGGCAAUUCUUUCAAGUCAUAUUGGAACUGAAGUUGCUGCUUUUUUUACUGAAAGACUUGCAGAGCUGUUUGACCAUCUGCACAAGAGUGGCAGAGACAGCUAUGGACAAGGGAAAGAGUGUGUUAAUGUAGUAGCCCUGUUUGCACAUCUCUACAACUUCAAAAUUAUUCAUUGCUGUCUUAUUUAUGACAUCAUACGGUGGCUUGUAGAUUCCUUUACAGGACAGGAUGUUGAACUGCUUUUACUGCUGCUAAAAAUAACUGGAGCCGAAAUAAGAAGAGAUGAUCCAGCAUCAUUAAAGGAGAUCAUUCUUCAAAUCCAAGCUAAAGCUGCCUCUACACCUAGUCUCACUAAUGAUUCCAGAGUUCGCUUUAUGUUGGAAAUUAUUACAAACCUACGUAGCAACAACUUGAGAAAGAUACCAGGCUAUGAUCCUUCAAAAGUAGAACAUCUCAGAAAAAAUCUGCGUUCAGUUAUUAGAGAGUCAGGUCACCAAGUCAGCAUUCAAUUGAAAAUCAGUUUAGCAGAGUUACUGAGUGCAGAGUCGAAGGGUCGCUGGUGGAUUGUGGGUUCUGCCUUGUCAGAAAGCCAUGACAACAAAUCUGAAGGAAUGUCUGCUACUCAAAUGGAAAACUCCAAGCUGCUAGAACUGGCACGAAAACAGCGUAUGAACACUGAUGUCAGAAAGAAUGUUUUUCUAAUUAUGAUGACCAGUGAGGACUACGUUGAUGCAUUUGAAAAACUGUUGCGACAAAAUUUGAGAGAAGUUCAAACCCGGGAAGUGAUCCAUGUUCUUGUUGACUGCUGUGUUCAGAAACUCAUUGAAAGUAAGAGCUACAGACAGGGUCGUGUACAGUUAUCUGGUAACAAGGAGAGAGCAUAUAAUCCAUACUAUGCUUAUCUUGGUCAGAAGUUCUGUGAAUACAACCGUAGUUAUCAGGUUACUUUUCAAUAUUCAUUCUGGGACAAGUUUAAAGUUGUUGGCAACUUGGCGCCUCACAGUGUUGUUAACCUGUCACUUCUCAUAGCUCACCUGAUUGCUACCAGAGCAUUAUCUUUAGCCAUUCUCAAGAACGUAUAUUGUCCCAUCGCAACAUAGACUCAAACAACAAUUUGCAUAUCGAUGGUGGGAAGGUAAUCAUCGUUUAUACUAGAUUUUUUUUAGAAUUUUCUCGAAACAACGGCUAAACUGAGGAUAAUCUUAUUUAAAAUCUCUUAUUUGACCUGUAGCGGUGAUUAUUUUGUUUCCAAGCGUUUGCGGUGCAUGAAAAUUGGUUACAGGUGCGACCGUCGUUAUCUUUGUUUACCAUCAAAAUGGCGAAUAAUUGGCAAAUUCGUGGAGCUCUGUAUGGCGCGCAGUGGAGAGUGCCCACAAAUUUUAUUCCAUACAUUUUUACAUUGAUGUUAGUACUUUGGAGUAAUCAUAGACUCGAUCCUAGAUCAGGUCCCACAUGUGAGAAAAGAGCUUUUAACUUUUGGUAUGUUAUGCUUCGCACAUUCCGGAGUUCGGCAGGAGGUAUUUUAAAAAAUCAUAACUCCGUCAAACGUUAACAGAAUAUAAUUGCUAAACCUUUAAAAGACCGAAGAAAGGUGAAACUUUUGCAUGCAAUUUAUUCAGCUUGUUGGAAUAAAAAACUGUGUAUUGGCAGCGCCCGACAUUUCUAGCGAAAUUUCAGAGUCUCCCAAUUCAAAUUAGCCUGUUUAGGCCGGUAUGAGAUCACCUUGAAAACCGUCUCCCAAAAAAUGAAAGUAGUAGUAAUCUCUAAUGAUGAU